GCUACUUUCUCAGAGCAGGAUAUUGAAUAGCAUGAAUCUGGACUUUAUGUGUGCACAAGAGAUUAAGAUAUUUAGUGGGGUUGAUAUAAAUUUCCUGGAGGAUCAUUCAGAUGAAGAGUUGGGUAUUGGGGUGAAAGUGCCAUUUGAAGCAUAUUAUCAAGGAAGUGAGUGUAAAGAGAUAGGUGAGGCAGAGGAACUUAAGAUUAUUAGCAAACUUGAGCUUUACUCUGUGAUCAUUUACACAAUUCUUGUUAAAAGCUUCAGGCUUGUUCCUAAUGGGUAUUUCGAAGAUGAUCCAGUUCAAACAGUCACAAACUUGCAAGAUAAGAGAUCAACUUGGCUUGACCUUGAUGAAGGAGUGGCUUCGUUUAGAUUUGAAGUUCCUUUCAACUCCUCAGAUGUAGGAUUGCUAUUUCUAAAAAUAUCAGAUUUGAAUCAGAAAUCCUUAUCAAUCUAUUUCCUACUAUCAGACGACGAUGAGCUAAAAGACAUUUCAAUUCCUUACCUAAACCCCUCAUUCUCAGACCUCCAAAAAAUUUACCAGUCAAUCCUAUUCAAACUUAACAGAGUUCUCUACAGUGGGUAUACCUCAAAAUCAGGAUUUUACUCCGUCUCCUUUAAGAGACCAGAGUUUAAUAAAGGAGAGAAAUUGUGCAAGACGUGACUUGGAACAGGGAAAGUGAGGGAUUGUAGGGGGAAGGAAGGUGAAGAGAGGAAGGAAAGCAAGGUUGAUGGGUAUAUAAGACAAAGUUAUGGGAUUUAAAUAAGCUA